UCAAGAGAGGAAGGUUUGGGAUGUGUUCGUGUGUUUAUUCCAUUCUCCCCUGUAAACUCAAGUUACUCCGCAUGUCUGGUUUUAUCCCGCUUUAAACCCGGAAGUACUAGUGGAUUUUAGCAUCCGGUUCACAUGUCUGUGGUUCAUUCACGGGCGAUGGGGCCGGACAGUUCUUCGAAUCAGGCUGUGCCCUGGCGGAAGGUACUGUGGGAACCACAGCUGUUCCCUGAUAACUACGUGGACCAUCGGUUCCUAGAGGAGCUGCGGAGGAACGAGGGCAUCCAACAGUACCGCUACUGGGCUGUGGUGAAGGAGGCCGGCUUUGUGGGGCAGCAGAUAUCCUGUGUGGCCAUUUUUCUCACACUCUGGCUCUACAUGGAGCAGGGUCUGCUGGCUCCUGAGACGCUACUGUGGAGCAGCCUGCUGUCAGCUCUCUUGGGUUAUGGACUCCACCAGCUAUUGACUCUACAAACAAAACUGUGCAGUGGUCACCGCACACAUCUGGCUGAUUUACAGAGUGCUGCUAUCUUCCUCUCAUUCACGUUUGGUUUCUCUCCGGUUCUUAAGACUUUAACUGAGUCUGUGAGUACAGACACUGUGUACGCCAUGUCUUCUGUCAUGCUGCUGGCCCACCUUGUUGCUUUUCCGUAUGCCCAGCCCUCCCCUCCUGGAAGCCUGUCCCUAAAUGCAGCCCUGUUUGCCUCAGUGUGCUUAGCUUCCAGGUUGCCUGGUUCUUUGCACACCUUUGCCAUGCUGAGCUGUGCUUUACUGGUGUUCGCCCUGUGGCCAUGUCUGCUGCAGAGACUGAGAGAAAAUGCACCCGGCCACUUCCCUGGAGCAUGUGUGGGGGUGUGCAUUGGUGGUCUUGGGGGUCUGGGAUCUCAGUCCCUGGGUGGAGCCUUGUUCUUAUCCCUGGCCUUAGCCAGUGUUACAUUCCUCUGUCCUUUGCUGCUUGUGAGGCUGCAAAGACACAAAGACAACAUCCAUGGUCCCUGGGACGAGGCUGAGAUUCAUGAGGACCUGAGCUGCCUCCCAAAGCUGACUGGAGCUGUUGAUCAAACUAAUUACUGGAGAGGUCAAUGAAAGAUUUUACCUUCCUGUGUUUCAUUUGGAUCAUGUUUGUUUUUUGUGACAAACUGGCCAGAAUGAGUUACCGCAGUACACAAAAUAUGAGGGUUUUUAAAGCUGCCACGGCUUUCCAUGUCUGAGGCUGAAUGGAGCAUAUUUAUUUGCCUCACUGACAUACACUGCAGGCCGAAUUAUGUUAUGCAUUAAUUUGAUAUUACAGAUGUUUAUGUCCUUGACUAUUUUUUUCAGGAUGCACAUGUUGUCUAUUUGAAAUUGGAGUAAAAAGAGCUCUUGAUUUGAAAGUUCUCUUUUUAAUACUGUAAUUGUAUUUUAGUUUUUGUGCUCAUAUGUAUGCAGACAGUUUAAAUUUGUUUCUGACCGACGUGCUGUUUAUCAUUCAUUGUUGAAGAAACUUAACUGAGAAUAAAAAAAAUAUUCUUACUUUAA